AUGCUCCCAGCCAUCGCCCCGACGACGCCCAUACCCGCCGUGCCCAAAAUGCCAGCAACGCUCGAGCUAGACAGCACUCGGUCCGCAGCGCCGUUGAAGUUGCUUGCCUGCGGCGUGGGCAGGCUCGAGCGCGAGCCGCCGUCGGUCAGGGUCGCGCCGUUGGGCUAUGAAACGGGUUACGGUCGUGAUCAGCUCUCGAGAGUGAGGGAAGGGUACGCGCGCCAGUGGCUUGUGUCGGAUCGUUGUACUGGCAAGAGGGGUCUUCGCACAGGCAGGUUUAGACCCUGGACGGGGCCUCCACAGGCCGUCGUGUAG